GUGUUAAUGCAUUGUUCCCCACAAUAAACUGAGUCACAUCCCGGUAUAAAAUAAUUUCGUACACUAUACCCUUCUUCCAAUUUUUCAAAGCUUAGACAGUUUAGAAAAUACGAAAUGUAACACCGCAUUCACAGUUAUGAAUGGACGCUUUGUAUGUUGUGCAAAUACAUACAUUAUACGGGCUUCAUGUUUUUAGAACUGCUAAAUCUGUGUAACUUAAUAUGAUUCUGGUGUUUCUGCGGAUAGCUUAUUUUCGGGUAAAUAGGAGAACCUGUUUUGGUGACUCUGCUAUACUAUACUGAAAAGACAAAUACAAAUAAAAAAAAACUUUUAAAUAUGUGCUUAAUUCUGGGGGGGAAAAAAUCAGUUCUUUGUCUGCGUUUCUUGUAUCCAGAUUGAAAGUAUAGUUCUUAAGGAAGUACGAUUUACCUUGAAACCACAUUUUAUAGGCUACUUUUUCAUGGUACUUUCAAGUUCAUCACAAGAAAAAUAAUAAACUCUAAAUAAUCCCAUGAAUCCUGCAUGCCUUAUAAACUUCUGAAAUGCCAGGAAAUCGCGUUCCAUGAUAUAUAAUAUUUUUUUAUUUUAAAACAAUAACCGUGGCAGUUCCUAUGAAGAUUUAUUAUAAUAACCCUGCAUAUGCCUUAUUAUACAUGUGCACUCCUAUGUUUUGACGAGGCAAUCCCCUUCUCAGAAAACUAGCAUCUGCAUAUGGGUAAUAUUUCAUGAAUCAGUGUUACACUGGUUAUUUCAUUUUUUGGACCCACUGCGCAAAUUCUGUACUCCAAGGACAGUGUAACACACCGUACAUCAAAGGCUGUACUCCUGUGCUCCGAUUACACGUCUUUGCUUGUAUACUGAGUCACCAUAUUGAUCAAAUACUGACACUGAAUUAGAAAUCUGUGUUAAAACUACGUUACGCCACCGCCAGGAGAAGCAACGGGAGAUCCACCUUAAGAAAAAAAGAUGGCACCCGGCAUCACGUGACGCGAUUCCUGGAAAGUUCUUGGAAAUCGGCCUCUCGUGUUCCGAGUGGAUUAGGGUUAAAAAAGACGCCAAAGUGGGGAGAAGGAUGGUGCUGAGAGCGUGUGGCAGGCGUCGGCGCCGGUGCCUACUUGAGGGAUACGUGUCCACGGUGUCUGAAGCUCGAUAGCUAUAGCUCAUCGGAGCUGUCUUACGGCGGAGCAGGUGUGUGUGUGUGUGCGCGCGCGCGCUCUCUUGCCUCAUUCGACGUUUGACGGCGUUACUGGCCUGGGUUUGGUCCGGCUGUCCGUCCGUCCGUCCGGCGCGCGCCCCUUUCUCACGAGCUCCUCGAGACCGCGCCGCGGUGCUUCUCGUGAGGUCCGCGCCAGCGCGGCUAUCAUGACAUGUGAGGGGAGGGGGAACUGCUGGUGGCGUGCGCUCAUUCAUAAGUCUGCCCCGGACAGCAGUCUCCAGAAGGGCGAUCGCUGGUGCUGGAGAGGCUGCCCCACCCCCUCCCCCCCCGACUCUCUCUCUCGCGCGCGCACACCCAGCCAGCCGCUUGUCCCUUCGUUCCUUGGAUGUGUAUCGGCACAUUGUGGGGGACUUUUCCAAUGACCUGCCACUCCUCGGAAACGAUCGAGAAUGAGCGGAGAUCGGAGCCCGUGUCCCGAGCGGUAGAGUCCGACCAGAGUCGCAUCGCCGCGGCCAUGAGGGACCUCAAGAAGACAGGCUGGUAUUGGGGUAGCCUCACAGCCAGUGAAGCCAAAGAGAUCCUCCAGGAUUCAUCGGAGGGCACCUUCUUGGUCCGUGACAGCUCCCAAAGGGACUACCUGUUCACAAUCUCUGCCAUGACCUCUGCUGGCCCCACCAACCUGCGCAUCGAGUACAAGGAUGGCAAGUUCAAGCUGGACUCGGUGGUGUUAGUCAAACCCAAACUGAAGCAAUUUGACAGUGUGGUGCACCUGGUAGAACACUAUGUCCAACUGUCUAGGACUACCUGGAAGGGGAGUGGCAGUGAGCCAUUGGCCCAACCCACUGGCACAGUGCAGCUACUCCUGACCCAACCUGUUUACACGGUCACACCCUCCCUGCAGCACCUCUGUCGGCUUGCCAUCAAUAAGGCUACCAGACAGGUCCAGGAACUUCCCUUACCCAAUCGCCUCAAAGACUACCUGUUGGAUUACGUCUACCAUGUGUGACAUGUGGAAGACCUAAGGCACUGUGGUCAGCUGACAGGUGUCACCACCCACAUUUGUGGCACUGUAUAGAUGACCUUUCUCUUUUCUAGGUUUUUUGUUACUGUGAUCACAUAAGGGAAAAGAUUUUCUUGGAUUAAAUUUAAUGGUGAUGCAACUAUUUCACUCAGAAGCAAUAUGGAGAGAUCCCAGGCUGCUGUAUUCAUAUUUCUCCCCCCCACUUGCUUCUUCAAGGAUGUUUUCAGGCCUGCCUGCACCUCUUGACAUCUUACUGUUUGGAGAAAUGUCAUACUUCAUACUGUGUACUGUUUCCCAAAAUGUACAUCCAAGUUGCAUCUUGACACUUAAGUUCCCAAUUAAAAAUGUUA